ACCACCUUCGCAUUCUUGCUUUAACCUUCUUUCGUCACUGUCGUCAUCAUCGUCACUUACGUAUUGGGCCAUAUCGAAGUCAUGCUGCGAUAUUAAUGUCCAUCGAUCUGCAACCAGCAUAACAUCGCAUCAAUUGCGCCGCUUUCCCGUUUCGUUUUAACCUGGCCUUGCAACUUGCCAACCCUCUAUCGCUAUGGGGAAGAAAUGGCGAUGGGGUGUCAUAUUAGAUGCCGGUUCCUCGGGAACGCGUCUACACAUUUAUCGUUGGCUAGAUUCCGCGAAAGCAGUUAAAGACGCAACAUAUGCGGAAUUACAUAGCUUACCGAAUAUUAUCACCAAGGACAAAUGGACGAAAAAGAUACGACCGGGCAUUUCGACUUUCGGCGAGCAUCCGGAAGACGUUGGACCCGAUCAUCUGCAGGAGUUGGUAGAACGAGCACUCGAUGUCAUACCCGACGACAAACAUGCCGAUACCCCCAUAUUCCUUAUGGCCACCGCCGGUAUGCGGUUAUUGCCGCCUACCCAGCAACGAGCAGUCAUAACGGAAACAUGCUCAUACUUUCGCGCAAACACGAAGUUCUUCCUUCCCGAUUGCGAUACGCAUAUCCAGGUUAUUCCAGGCGAGACGGAAGGCUUGUACGGAUGGAUAGCUGCCAAUUAUCUCCUGGGAGGCUUCGACGAUCCAGAAGGACAUGCUCAUGGUAAGAAUCACCAUACAUACGGAUUUCUGGAUAUGGGCGGUGCUUCAGCGCAAAUCGCAUUCGCACCAAACGCCACCGUUGCCGAAGAACACGGCAACGAUUUGAAAUUAUUGCGAAUGCGGAGUUUGAACGGCGCGCCAAAGGAAUACAAGGUUUUUACCUCGACGUGGCUUGGGUUUGGUGUCAAUCAAGCUCGGCAACGUUAUGUCAAAGCUCUGAUCGAUGAGUUCUUAAUCAACGGUGAGCAUGAGGUACCCGAUCCUUGCCUACCGAGGGGUUUGCGAACAAACGAGAAAGGCGAGACUAUUAGGGGAAGUUCGAACGAACUGGAGCUAGUUGGCACAGGGGAGUUCGACGAAUGCUUGAGACGGACAAGGCCUCUAUUAGGCAAAGACGUGGCGUGCGAAGAUAAGCCCUGCUUAUUCAACGGCCAGCACGUCCCUCCAAUCGAUUUCGACGUGAAUCACUUUGUGGGAGUGUCCGAGUACUGGCAUACGACCCACGGUGUGUUCGCGAAUAAAAAUGAUGACACCGCGUACGACUUUAACACAUACCAGAAGAAGGUAGUAGAGUUUUGCAGCCAACACUGGGCAGAGAUCGAGUCAAAUGUUGAGGCGCGAAAGAAGGACCACGGGAAAGAAGCCCAGGAGGCCUGUUUUAAGGCAUCCUGGCUAAUCAGUGUGCUACACGAAGGCAUCGGCAUACCGAGGUACGGCAUAGAAAAUGCGCCAACCCCAGGAAUCAACGUCACGAAGGGAAUUGGAGAGGCCGCUAAGGAAAAGGGGUUCCUCAACCCGUUCCAGGCUGCUGACGAGGUUAACAACAUCGAGAUUAGCUGGACACUUGGGAAGAUGGUACUCUACGCGGCCGGCCAAAUUCCUCCUAAAGACAACUACCUUCUUCCCGUUGGAUUCGGAAGCAACGUGAAGGGCAUCCCUGCAGACUUCCAAUACGCUGGGUCCAGUUACAAUACGACAUCAGCAAUCGACGAAGAGGAUGAUUGGAGUGAUACUGCUGAGGAUCUUAUAGAUCAUGCGAAAUCGAAAUCAACAUCCGGAUUCUUUUUCUUCGUCUUGAUUUUCUUAUUUCUUGCUUUCAUGUUACGGAAGAGAGACCGGCGGAUGCGGCUAUACGGUAAAGUCAACAAAGUACUACGCCGGCGCCGACGCCCGAGCAGUCCACGGAAGGUCGGUUUCGGACUAUCGACCAUUACACAUAAACUAUUCGGCCGCGGAUCGUAUAACUAUGAAAGGGUAUUAGAAGAAGGCGAUCUCGAUCAAUUCGAACUAGGCGAUGCUUCGUCAGAUGAGGGUGAUCAUUCUGAUAGCAGCGCAGGAGCAUCAAGGGUCGGUCGAUCGUCUGGCCUAGCUACACCCAAGCUAAACAUGGGUUCUUUCGAUGAUCUGAAGAAGCAUGCUCAGCCGGGAAACGCUCUUGAUCGAAGCGGAUUAGUAGUCCGAACAGAAAGUCGCGAAAGGCUUUUCCCACAAAUGCUCAACGCCGGCCGGAGGAGUCGAGCAGCGAGUCCUACGAGACUAAAGAGUCCUUUAAUGAGCCCCCUAACGGAGGAUUAAUAAACACUUGUAUUCUAUUCUUAUACCAAAUGAGCGACAACCUCAUUGCUCAGGCGGCGCACUACUUGUAGGGCUACGGGUUCGGAGUUACCAGGACAGGGGCAUAUGAGGCAACGGAGUUUAGGCGGCAUGGGAUUGUUGCUUCUUGUUAUUCACGGGACGAACCUUGACGAAGUCAGCUUGGAGCAAAAGCAUCUUGAAUUUAUUGAUGGGAGACGUCGUCUCUUCGAGGGGUUAGCUGUCAAGGCUAUUUGAACACAUCACUUUGACCAUACAUGGUCUGAAUAUAUGAAAU